AAAGAAGAAAUGUAUCAUAGUCAGGAAGUGAACGUGUGUAAAAAUUUCCACACUGGGAGGUUUCUUAUUUGUAAUAUUUAUUGCUCUAGUUUCAAGGAUUGUAUCAUCGCAGAACACAGUUGUUGAACUCGGAGACUCUUCUUCAGGGGUUCAGUAUCGUUGGCAGAGAAGAUGUGUCGAGACAUCGAGGACUUUUCAUCCAGUUGUAGUUUAAUGCAUAGCACUGAAGAAUCCAGCUCUUCAUCUAUAUCUAGCCUUUCCAUUUCUGCAUGAGCAGCUACAGAUGGUUCACCCCAGUUGCACCGGGGACUAGUGAGAGGACAAACCCCAGCUGAUCUUUAAACCAUGUGGUCAGUGUGGUUCUGGUUUGGAUCAGAUCGUCCUGGUUUCUGUGUGGGAACCUGCUCAUGGAUACUCCUCAUGUUGCUUCUAUAUGCUGGGGGCAUCCAGGGGAGUCUCAGCCCGGGUCCAAACGGAGACUUCCCGAGGCUCAGAGAUGUGUUCCUGUACGCCCUGAGUCAUGAUGAGCUGCCCUCUCUGAUGGUCAGUGUUGCUCUCCUAGUGCUGUGUGGAGCCAGUCAGGAGCGUCGAUGGGGAACAGUCGCUUUCCUCGCCCUCUCCAUCCUGACCAUGAUCAUAUUACCUCUUCUCUACACCCUGGUCCUCUUCGUCGGUGGCGGAGAGGCGAGUAGGAUCAGUGGUUACUCUGCUGUCCAGUUGGCCCUGUUCACAGCGCAGUGUCGUCAGGUGAAGCAGAGGAGGGUGCUGAGGUUUUUUCCAGUCUGGUUUCUUCCAUGGAUCGUUCUGCUGGCCGGGUUGCUGCUGCUGCCGUCAACACCCGCCCUGCUCCACUUCUGUGCAAUAUGCAUCGGACAUAACUAUCGUCAGCCCUUUAUUGGGACAUUACAGGAGCUGGAGGAGGCCCGGGUCUUGGACUUCAUUCCUGAUUGGGCAUAUGUUUCCACAUCAGCGAGGUUCAGAUUACCCACCUACACUUCCUCACCGAGAUCCAGAUCCCCGUCUCAGAUCCCACCUGUAGAUCAGGCUGCUGCUGCUGCUGCUCCCCCCAGGAGGGACCAUCACCCCUGGAGCCAGCCGUUACCUGCCUGGAUAUUAGAGGAGUCUGCGGCACUGUCUGAAGCAGAGGUUCUGGAGGCGCAGAUGCUGAGAGCAGGGAUACUGGCCUCAUUACAGGAUGCUCCUGAUGACCCUGAUGCUAAAGUGGAAGUUGCUAAAUCAUCCGUCUCCUCGUUGCGACUCCAGCAGCUGGAGAAGAUGGGCUUCCCCACAGAGAAAGCUGUUGUUGCAUUGGCAGCUUCAAAACAGCUAGAUGGCGCCAUCUCUUUGCUUAUUGAUGACAGAGUCGGGGAACAAGCCGUGAUGGUUUCCAAGGGGAAGAGUCCUCUGCCUCCACAGAGCUCCUAGACGACCUCACACUCCCGGACUGAGUCUGUGACAGUAUUUGCACAUAUGCAGUGAACUUUACAUAAAUAAUGCUUGGGUUUUUCCGAGCUUCAACAUUGUUUUAUUUUCCCUGUGGGCCUCUUGUUGAAAUGUUUUAAUGAUAGGAUCUCCAGUUGUGCUUCCUCCACAACUGUGAGUUUAAUUUAGUGUGAAUGCAAAUGUGAUGACUGGACAGAGCUUCUGUAUCUACACAUGAAAUGUGCAUAGGAGAGAGUGGAUGUAAUUUAUCAACAUUGUGAUUGUGUGUGAAAAAAAACCUUGUUGAAACACAAAUGAAGAUGUGACACAAUUAAAAUAACAACAACAAUGAA